AGUCUGACAGGCUCCUGCGGAGUUACAUCACUUCCUAAAAAUCAGGCAAACACCUCUCCUUCAAGUGAGCACCGACCCAAAGGAGCAGGAAACAGGAAAUGUGCGCGUUAGAGGGAGGCCGGGGCUUCGCAGCAUCCUGAGCGCGGGUGAGCCAGCUGACAUGACCGUGCCCUGUGCUGCGUUGGUCUUGGCCCUGGGGCUCGCGUUUGGUCAAUCCAGCCAGGGAAAUGACGAGGAGUCAGAAUACUCAGGACAGAGCACCACAGAAGAAGAAAACGCAGAGGACAAGACGACGACAAGUGCUCUGGCUACGGUGACCACAGAAGCAUUAGCUGAAAAUGUGAAUUCUACCCACAUCAACGACACCUCAAACCAGGUGGAAUUUAUAUUAAUGGUGGCGAUCCCACUGGCUGCGCUGCUCAUCCUUCUAUUCGUGGUUCUCAUUGCGACCUACUUUAAAAGCAAGAGACCUAAGCAAGAGCCUUCUAGCCAAGGAUCUCAAAGUGCCUUGCAGACACAUGAACUUGGAGGUGAAACCCUGAAAGUCCCUAUUUUUGAAGAGGACACACCCUCUGUUAUGGAAAUAGAGAUGGAAGAGCUUGAUAAAUGGAUGAACAGCAUGAACAGAAACGCCGACUAUGAGUGUUUACCUACUUUGAAGGAAGAAAAGGAACCAAACCCCAGCCCAAGUGACAAUGAAUCCUAAGUCCAAGAGGCGUUGAUGUUUUCCAAGAGCGUACUUCCUGAGGGCACCUGCCAGCCUGCCAGGGGAGGAUGAAGAAGAGACAAGUUUAAUUAAUUUCAAAUCAGUGUAGACACAAGAACCUUUUAGUGUUUCUUCCACUGUCCCCUCUUCGGAUGAUGGCAUCCCCCGGACUUGGAAGAAUGAGGGACUGAAGUCUUGGAAAGGCCUGGCUGCCCGCCAGCCCACUCAUGGUGAGGGAGCCCCGUGUGGUGCUGGUUUCAGAUCAGUGUCCCCAUUGUCUCCUCCUCAAUCAUUUUGGUCACCCUAAGAUCACAGCACUGGUCUGCUUCCAUCCCAGUGUUUGAAUCAGGAAGCUGGUCUUCUUCCGGGUCACCUUACUGCCUAACAGGUUUGGAUAAUAUCCUCUCACUGUUCAUGGCCUCUCAGGUCAACUCUAGCCGUCUGGAACUUUCCUCAAGGACAGUUGUGUUAUGGAAAACAUGACAAACAAAGCCGGUGUUUCAUAGCCACACCAUCCCGGUGAGUCGUUAAGCUUGCUCCUUACCUGCUAAGAAACCACAACAAGAAAGUCCACAGACCUCUCGGGAGAUUCUUGCACUCAGCCACAUCUCAGUCACUUUUGAAAACUUCGCAGAAGAAAUAGCCAUCUUUAAAGAGAGAAGCAACUUUUUCCUUCUCGGCUAAAAUCACCUCUGCUUGCAACAUCUCAAAACUGCUGAUCUUGCGUCAAGCCGCAGGCCUGGCCUGUGCGGUGUGGGCUUGGAAUGCCCGCAGAUUGGGGUCAUCUGUUGUCCUUCUGUAUCUUGGAGAUCUUCAAGGCUGAGCAAGAAAGAGCUGUACCCGUGGCAGCUCCGGCUCACUGUGCUGUGCGGUCUCUCUGCACUUUACAUGCGGCCUUUCCUGUAGCCUGGGAAGAGUCUCCAAUCCUCAGCACUCCGGGAGGUGGCAAUCAGGCCAUCAGAAAUGACAUUCUAUGUAAAAUCAGUUGACGUCCAUGGACUAAAAACAAUGGAGUAAAAAAAUGCAGAAAACCCCACUAACCUCUCCUCCACAAUAAAGCCAGUCCAUUUAAUCCUUCGUUUUCUAAUUCUGACCUUUAAACGGCCGUCGAGCAAAUUGAAUCUCUGGUUCUCCUGGGAUGCCUGGUAUUUUAUUCCAGGAAAGAAACAAAGAAUGAAGUUUUUAUUUUGCUAACCACAUAUGAACUGAGGGGAGAUGAGGUUAACCAAACUCUCUGCUGCUGAGUUGGGGUUCUGUGUUUGAAAGGCUGCCCUCAUGCUCCACAGAAAGCCUUCUCCUGCCCCCUUGGGGCCCCUUUAAUGAGCUCUUGCCUUCUGAGAUAUGCAGAUAAUUUUAUAGGCAGAGCUGCAGGCCAGGGUGGUCUCUCUACAUAGUAUAUGACCUGAAUCCCGGCUCUCCUACUGUCUUGGGACUGUGCAGUUCUCAGACAAAAGGCUGUGCUUGACAGUGUAUCCUCAACAGACUUGUCCUGUCUCAGUGCUCUCACUCAGACAGGACUCGGAGGCAUUGCCCUGUGGACACUGCCCUGACUCUCAGAUAGUCACCCGGCAGGCAGAUGCAGCCUUCUGAGUCAUCACUUGUCUACCCUGCCCAUAAGGGCUACUUUUAAUUUGAUUCUCUUUCUCUGAAAAGUCUAGUUCCUUCUUUCUUAGGGUGUCUAAGAUCCUCCAUGAUUACCCAGGCCUUUGACCUCAAUCCAACCCUGCCCAAUACCAGACUUCAGAAUUUCUCAGAAGUAUAUGAGGUGUUGGACUGUUACUUUUGAUAAAGGCAUGUUUUGUGAGAUGAUAACACGGCUCCCAUUCAAUAUGUCAAAUAACCUCAAACUCCUGAAGAAACAAAUUGACCAGCAUGCUCUUGAGUUUACAUCUGAGAACUGUGUUGACUUUUCUAGCUACACAGGAACUUUCUACAGAGCUAUGUUGUUCUGACAAGACUCGAGCCAUUAGCAUGGGCCAAGCAGUCAAAUUAAGCCUAUGAUCCUGAUUAUGACUGUAUAAUCUGAGCACAUCAUGUGUGUGUGACAACUCCAUGAAUUCUUAAGACAGAAAUAUUUAUUUUUUUACAUCAUUAGUAGGAGAAGAAACCCUCAUCAAUUUGCCUUAGCUGGAUAGCUAAUCAGAACAAAUCAGAUUUUAAAAUAAAGAAGGCCAUGGAAUUUAUCUCUGUUCCUGCCUGGGUUGUUUGCCUAAUGUGCCCAGAGCUCCAGGUUUGACCUCUAGCACUGUAUAAACUGGGCAUAGUUGCAGAAAGACCAUUCCUACAAGCACAAGUUUAUUCACAGAUACAUAGUGAGUUUGAGGUCACCCUGGAAUAUGUAAGACUGUGACUCAAAAACAAAUUUUUUUUAAGACACAUGCUUUUGUGUAUUUUUUUUAAAGCACGGUAGCAUUGCUUAGCUGAACUUCUUCAGAAACUUGUUUCAAUAAACAUGUUUUUAAAAUCCAUUUGGGACUCCUUUUUAAAAAGAACUUACUGAAUUUAUUCUUUGACAGUUUUAUAUAUGUAUGUAUAUGUAUGAAGUGCGUUCUGAUUUGUGUAGCCCCAGCCUCUCUAACCUCCUUCUCACCCCCUCACCCUUCCUACAAAUCUCUUCU